AUGAAGAAGGAGAUGAUUGAGAAGGGCAUCGUCUUGCCUGAUGCUGUCACGUAUUGGCAACUUAUACUAGGCCUACUCCUGCAGCGAAGACUGUCGGAAGCGCGGGGCUUGUCCCCGGAUGAGGUUACUUAUACUUAUUUGAUGACUGCUUGUUGUGUUGAAGGUGAAUUCAGUAAGGUUUUUCAUUUGCAUGAUGAAAUGAUAAACAAGGGGUUUUUGCCUGAUAUUGUUCGUGAGACUUCACCGUCUCUUGUUGCUUACAAUGCGCUUAUUUAUGGGUAUUGCUCUUUGGACAGGGCCGAGGAGGCUGUGGGACUUUUGAGGGGCAUGGUUGAGAUGAGUUUGUCCCCUGAUACUGUUAGUUAUAGCCUUGUUAUAUCUGGAUUUUGCCGAAUCUGGGAGAUGAAGAAAGCGUAUGACAUGAAGGAUGAUAUGUAUGACCAGGAGGGCAUUUCGGAGCUGGAUGAAAUCACAUAUUCGUCACUUAUGGAAGGCCUGUCUGAUGAGGUUGCUUACACUAGUUUGGUGAAUGCUUAUUUAGACGAAGGUGACUAUUUCAAGGUGGCUCAAUUGAAUGAUGAACUGGCAAACUAUGACUAUACUUAUCUGCCAAAUAUUGUUUCAUUUAGUGUCUAUUUUAAUGGACUUGGUAGGAAAGCAUGGACAAGAGAAACUAAUGCGUGCCUUCUGCGUCAUAUUUAUUCGUGUUCGACUGUCCCAAUUGAUUCAAUAUAUGAUACUCUAAUAGAGAACUGCAGUAAUAAUGAAUUUGAUAGUCUGGUGGAGCUUGUUGAAGGUUUCUGUAGGAGGGGUUUAGAGAAUGCUUAUGACACCAUGCUUCAGUGGAAUUAUAAGCCAGAUGGAGCAUUUUAUAAUUUAUUUAUUCUUGAACAUUGUAAUUGUGAUAAUGUUCAUAAGGCGUAUAAUAUGUACAUGGAGAUGGUGCACUAUGGUUUUGCUUCUCAUAUGCUCUAUGUACUUACUCUUAUUAAGUCUCUAUCUAGGGAACAAAUGGACAAUGAGGUGAGUUGGGUAAUACAAAACACAUUGAGGAGCUGUGAUCUCAAUGAUUCUGAGCUACAUAAUGCACUUAUGGAAAUUGAUAUCAAGGGAAAUGAAGUUGGUACUCUAAUCAAUGUGCUUGCUGAAAAAGCCAUAGAUGGCCUGUUACUUAAUGGUGGAAAGUGUUUGAUAGGGAGCGGUCCCAAAUUAUAA